GCGAUGCAGGAAGCAGGUCCGGGACCGGGUGCUGCAGCGGGGAUGAGCAGUGGAAGUGGGCCGCACCCCUGGCGGGUGCUGGUGACAGGGGGUUCGGGGCUGGUGGGCCGCGCCCUCCAGCAGCUGGUGAGCGAAGGAGAGGAGCUGCCCGGCGAGAAGUGGAUCUUCCUGUCCUCUGCCGAUGCUGACCUGACGAACGUGGCAGAGACCAGGGCGGUAUUCGAGCGCUGUCAGCCCACCCACGUCAUCCACCUUGCUGCCAAGGUGGGGGGGCUGUUCCACAACAUGGCACACAACCUGGACUUCUGGCGGCAGAACAUACAGAUAAACGACAACGUCCUGCAGACAGCCCACGAACACGGAGUGGCCAAGGUCGUCUCCUGCCUCUCCACCUGCAUCUUCCCUGACAAGACCACCUACCCCAUCGAUGAGACCAUGAUACACAACGGGCCUCCACACAGUUCGAAUUUUGGAUAUUCCUAUGCCAAGCGCAUGAUUGAUGUUCAGAAUCGGGGCUACCACGAGCAAUAUGGCCGCAUGUUCACGGCGGUGAUCCCUACCAACGUCUUCGGCACACAUGACAACUUCAACAUAGAGCUGGGCCACGUCUUACCGGGGCUGAUUCACAAGGCCUACCUGGCACAGAAGAACAACACCCCCCUGGUGGUGUGGGGCUCGGGGAAGCCCAGGCGACAGUUCAUCUACUCUCUGGACUUGGCUCGCCUCAUCAUCUGGGUCCUGAGGGAGUACCAGGAGAUCGAGCCCAUCAUACUGUCAGUGGGAGAAGAGGAGGAGGUGUCCAUUAAGGAGGCAGCGGAGAGUAUUGUGUCGGCCAUGGGGUUCAAAGGUGAGGUGAUUUUUGACACGAGCAAGUCCGACGGCCAGUUCAAGAAGACGGCAAGUAACAGCAAGCUGAGGAAGUACCUGCCCGACUUCCAGUUCACCCCCUUCAGCCAAGCUAUCAAAGAGACCUGCGAAUGGUUCGUCGCCAAUUACCAUGCAGCAAGAAAGUGACAGAGAGAGGGCUGGCUGCUCGUUCUCACGGAUCUGGGUGUUAAGAUAGUUUGGGAAUAGAUGGAGAUACAAUUCACUGUAGUAACGGGUCUAAUCUGAGAAGCAAGCAAGACAGCAAACCCAGAUUUUUCUUGUAUGGAAUCUCCCAGUGCAACCCUCCCCCCCCCCCCCCCAAACACCCGGUGUAUGCUGCACCCCAGAACAGUCACAACUCUGGUCAGACGCAGUAGCCGCAGGAGGGCCCUGCGGAGUGUGGCCGAGGGGGAUUUUACUGCCUGCUAUCUCCAUAAUAAAGGGAUCAUUUAACCCUUUCACUGAUUUAGUAUUGCUGACUCGGUGUAACUCUAUGUUGGGACUCUACUCUGGUUGUGGGCUUCACUAUGGGACUGUGUACUGACUCCAUUCUAUUGCUGGAGCCCACUAUCACUGAACUUCAGCAGAGGGUCUGUCUCCCCACUGCCCCAUCCCUCUGCUCUGAGCUACACUGCAGUCCUAGGGGUGGAAUCUAUGGCUGUUAGGUAAUAUUCACCAUGUCUUCAGGAGGUUGCUGUUUACGGGUGGAGCACAAUGCUCCACUUUUGUACAGUGAUUUAAAUAAUAAAUGUUGGAUACUACCAAUCCAGUGACUGAGUUUAUUUAUUU